AUGCGCAAGGAGUACUACUCUCAAUAUUCUCCUCUCGAUGAGGUCGACGAUAACGGUACUACUAAGCUCCUUGACAGCGACAUAGUAACUAGUCUUCCGCCGCAAUCUCGCUUCCUUGACCUGUGGCCAUGGCUUAGCCACGGUGUACUGAUGUCCAUGAUUUUGGUGUUCUUUACACUAUGGGCACGGGCGCCUUCCAUAGAUGACGUGGUUCUAUUUUCUCCAGCAAACGAGGCAGUCGAAUCCAUCGGCAUCAUAAAAUUUAAUGGAAGUUUUAAGGCUACUUCCAUAUAUCGUGACAGCCCAUCCCCAGAGCUCGACGCCAUUUGGGAUGAAAUAUCUCUUAAUGUGCGUCCAGUCCGUAUGACCCUUGAGCAACUGCUCAGAACAGGGGAGAAACCUUCUCCUGCCAUGGUUAGGUAUCCGGACGAAUACGGUGGAGGUUACAUGGCAACUGUAGAAGUCAUUCACCAGCUCCAUUGCUUAGACAUACUUCGCAAAGCCAGCUGGGGUAACAUUGACUAUAACCAUGGGGACGUGCAUAUAUCCCCUGAAGAAUUUCGUACUCAAAUUGACCACUGCGUUGAGAUCCUCAGGCAGUUCUCCAUGUGUGGUGGCGAUGUGACCAUGAUAACGCAUGAUUGGGUGGAGGGAAGAACAAAACCAUUUGCUGAUUUUAACGUUCAUCAUCAAUGUAGAAACUUUGACAAGAUCUUAGAUUGGGUCGAUGAGCAUCGUGUUUUUGUCCCUAAAUCGCAGAUGGUCCGCUUGGACGAUAACGUGGACCUGCCUUCCCCCCCUUGA